CAAUACUCAGCUGCAGUUAGCAAUAGAAAGGUACAAUACUGUUAUUAUUUAUGAUGGACUAACUAUGCAACCAAUGGAUAUAAAAUAAAAAUAAAAAUUAAUGUCUGAUUACUGAAUUACUUUAAUUAUUGAUUAAACCUAUCCGCAGUUUUAUUGAGUGUUGUCGUCCAAUAAGUACUCAACUCAGAAUUUUUUUUUUUGCCAACAUUUGUGUUUUUGUUGUAUUACAAGACAACUUCAUUUUUCAAACGUAUUAGCGAUUCGUUUGACAAGAUACCUAAAAGCUGAAAUGUCAAAUAGAAUGAGUAGUAAAAAAUGAAAUAAUAAAAAUAAUAAUGGACUUUGUAAUUGAAAAAUAUGUGAAGAAGCAAAUCCAACUCCAAAAACAAAUUGAGGAGUUGUUUGCUGAGAAAAAAAUGUUACAAGAUCAGAUUUGUGUGCUUAAUGAAUGUUUAUCAUUAGAAAAAGUGAAUCGGAAAAUUUCCGAUUUGGAGAAUAAACAAAAAAUAUUGACAUCGUUAGAAAGUAUGGUUAAUAAUUUAAGAACUGACAUUAAACCAUUAGAGUAUUUAAAACAAGUUUUACAAAGGCAGCUUAUGGUUUCCACUCUACCUAAUAAUGAUCUAAAUAUUGAAGACCGAAAAUGCUCAGAGAGUUCAUUAUUAACAUCCAAUAGCAUUUGUGCCAUUGAAACAUUGGAUUCUUUGAGUGACGUUAGCUCAGAGGAAAGUAUCAUGAUUUUAUCCGAUUAUGAUGUGGUUUCAGAUGAAGAACUUUUAAAUUAUUCAGAAAAACCUGUUGAAAACAAAGUUAUGUAUGAUGAAGCACUACUGAUGGCGUCUAGUGUGCAUUUAUCAUUAGUUGAUCAUCUAAUCCCAAAUAUUGGUUCAAUUGAAUCUUUAAUGAAUAAUAGUGAUCAAGUAAAAGAUAACAAUUGUUGUAUACAAUCUAGUUCUAAAAGCACUGUUUUAUCAAUGAAUACAAGUAGUAAAAGUGAACAACUCUUAGACUUAUAUGAUGUUGUAAACAAAUCAGACCUUCCAAAUUGCAAUGGAAAUGAAAACAUUGAAAUGAAAUGUGAUAAAAGAAAAUCUGAACCAACACUUCAUAAAGCACAUCUGCCAUGUUUAUAUGAUAAAGAAUUUGAUGAUAUUGGAAUAAAAAAAUUAGAUAAUGAAUGUAAUAAGGUGUCAAAAUUAUUGGUUAAUGAUUCGUGGGUGAAAAUCAGUUCCAAUGAAAUGUCUGAUGAACAUCAUGUUGAUGUUUUUCAGGCAACUACUGUCACACAAAAAGACAAAACAGUGUCAAAAGUAAAUACAUGUGUAGACAUUUGUGAUCAAAAUAUUAGUGAAACUAAGAGUUUGGCCAAUAGUUGUAACAACGUGGAUGCUAAUCUUAAAAACGAAAUUCAAAAGCCAGGUUGGUUGGUUAAUGAUGACAUUGAUAUUAAAUCCUUAUCAUUCACUGAAAUCAAUGUACUUAAACAAUUAAAUGGAUCAAUAGAAAAUUUAAGUGUAGAAAUUCAAGUAAACAAUAAUAAUUUGUGUAUUAACCAGUUUGAAUCAAAAGAUGUUAUUGAAAUUAAAAAUCUUGAAAAUGUUUGCAAUAAUAAUGAUCAUAGUUAUGAAAGUGAAACUCAUAAUCCAGUUUUUCCAACCAAUGUUAAAACAUAUGAAGUAGGAAUUACUUCAUCAUUAUCAUCUACUACUAAAGAUUCUAAUGCAUCAAACGAAUUCAUUGAGCAAAAAGUAAACACAGAGGUAGAUGUUCAACUUUAUAAUGAUAAACUAUAUAACCACCAGUUUGAAUCAAAAUACAUCAGUGACAUUAAAAGUUUAAAGAAUAUUUGCAAUUCUGUUAUUCAUUAUAAUGAAAAUGAAAUUCAUAAUCCAGUUUGUCGAAAUAAUAAAAUUAAAAUUACAUCUUCUUUGUUGAAUAAUGAAGACUUGAAUAAUUUAUGGACCAAUACUAAUGAUAAACUAUCUUCUAUUAAUAAUAACAAACAACCUAUGUUGUUAUAUCAUACUUUAGACCUGAAGGAUGAAUUAUUAAAUGGUAUUCAUCAGUAUGGUAUUCAGGAUCUAAUGUCCUUGCAACAGCAAUGCAUGUUCCAUUAUAUUAACGGACGUGAUGUUAUUUUGCAUUCAUACCCUUGUGUGGGAAAGUCAACAAUGUGCCUCAUAUCAGUGUUGCAAAGGAUUAACACUAACUUAAAUGAAUGUCAAGCUAUUGUAUUAGUUCCAACAUUAGAAUUGGCAUUGUCUGCUCAAAAGACAAUGAAGUCAAUUGGGAAAUUUUUAAAUGUUUCUACAUGUAUUGGUGGUACCAAUGUUCCUCGUAAGCUUUCACCGGUGCCUCAUGUAGUGAUCAGUACUUUGCAAGGCUUAUGUGAAAUGAUUAGUUGCAACUCGCUGUGUAAAGAUUUUAUUAAAAUGCUUAUAAUUGACGAUGCAGAAGAAAUGUUUAAAUGCAAUGAAUUUUCUAAUAAAAUUGGAUAUAUUUUGUUAUUUCUUAACAAUAAUCAUCAAUUAAUUAUUAUGUCCACUUCAAAAGUAGAGGAAAUCUUAGAUCAGUUUUCUGACUUAAUGAAGAAUCCUGAGUAUAUAUUAGUGCCAGAUGAAAAACCUUCAUUGAAUGAUAUAUUACAGUAUUGUGUUAAUGUACCUGAAGAAUUUAAAUUUGAUGCGUUGUGCGAGCUCUAUGAAACACUCAAUUUAAUACAUACUGUUGUUUACUGUAACUCAUGGAACAAGUGUCUAGGAAUAGCAGAAAACAUGCGUCUUAAAACAUGUUUAGUGUCGGCUGUAAAUAACGAAAUGGAUACUCAUCAGCGGCAUCUCAUAUUACAUCAGUUUCAAUCUGGCAUUAGCAAAGUUUUAGUUACUCCUAAAUUAAAAAGAGGCGAGGAUUUUUCAGAUGUAGUUUGGGUUAUAAAUUAUGAUAUUCCUAAAAGUCCAAAAGAUUAUGUGCGUAAAAUUGUCAGUUUUUUUGGCCGCAAAGUGAAGGUCAUUAAUUUCAUCACUGCAAAUGACAAAACCGCUAGAAAAGAUAUCGAGACUGCAUUUAAUGUGACUUUGCUUAAUUUACCUCAGAGUCUAACUAAUUUGUGUGUAUCUAAUUUGUAACCUAAUAUUUAUUAAUGAUCAAAUAUUGAAUUAAUGUUAAAUAUUAUUAAUAUUUUGGGAUUUUUUCAACAUUUUUAGUUAUUUAGUUAUUAUUAUUUAUAAUUAGUGCAUGUAUGGUUAUUUAAAUGUUCUAUAUGGCAUGGCCUGAUCAAUUUUAGUUAUUGCAUAGGUAUUUUGUGCAUUGUAAUAUUAUAUUUUCCCUGUUUUAUUUUUUUGUAACACUUAUGGGUCACUAAAUUUGUAAAUAUUUAUUUUUUUGUUCUUUGUCUUUAUUUUAAUUUUAAGUACUCUGAGUCAUUUGUUAUUAACAUUCCAAACUCUAAUCUUUUUACUGUAAAAAUGUAUUUAAAAGUGAAUCAUUAUGUUUUAUGAAAUAAGAUUUAAUAUAGAUUUUUUGUGUAGCAUAAAUGUGAAAGUUAUGCUUGAAUAAAUGUUUACUUCAAUCAAA